UGUCCACAACGUGUUCGGCAUACUUGUACAUCGGUACACCUGUUCUUUGAUAUAUGUCAUAUGAAAAGCACUUCAAUCGCGAAGAAGUUGUUCGUGAAACAAAGCGUCUCGUUUACUAGAGUGAACGUUCACGUACUCGUAAGCCAGUUCCAUUGUGUCUCUUGAUUUCAUAAGAGUGGUUUAAAAAGUAUUUUUUUAUUUUACAAAAAAAAAACUAACAUUCAAACGUAUGUUAUACGGGUACAUUAUUUUUCUUAACCAUGAAGCAUCAUGUGUAUUUCACGUGUGAACGGCAUACAAAAUAUUUUUGAAAAUUUUAUGUAUACUUUUUAGACAUCUGCUAAUAAAAAAAAAAAUAGAGUUACAAUUGGUGUAAGAAUAUUUGGUGUAUUUUCUCAAUUUACGUGCGACAGGAAUCAUGAUGGAAAUGGAAAUGAACGCUGAAUUGGGAAGGGUAUGUAAGGAUAAAAUAAAUUUUUAUAUAGUUUUUGAUUUAUUUAAGUUUUACACCGGAUGUAAGGUAUAAUAAUGUAUAUGUUUUUUGUGUACGUUAAAUUGCACCGAACUACGAUGGGACUUACCUACCGAGUAUAUCCUAGAGUAAAAGCUCUUUCAGUCGAACCAGGAUAAUUAGAUAAAGUCCUUUUAAAUUGCUUCUCUCUUUUUUUUUCUAACUUCUCCCAAUCGAUCAACACUGACAUUCUUUUUUUUUUCGUUUUCAUCUCUAUUAAAUUUCUUCAUCCAAUUUGUCAUCUUAUCGGUCGACGCACAAUUUUCUAUAAAGUUUAUUGAACUUUUUAUACGAUUAUUCGCUACGUCGUUUGAUAAUGGAGGAGUACGAGAACUCGGAGGAAGCGCACGCGCGUAAAGGCGAUUCACAGGAAAAGGCAGAAUAUUAAUGACGUUAUUACUUUUGAAUUAUUAAUCGUUCCCUGUAACCUAAUCGGACUAGGAACGAAGGCUUAAGACUUCCGCCCAAGUUCAAAUGCAAAAGCUGUGAAAGUGAAACGUAUUUGAGGAAAAUUUGCAAAACUGGUCGCCCGGUCGACCAGGUCCUGUAAUUUCAUAAGGGACAACGCUCGUGGUCUAAUUCAAUUUCAAAAUUUCAAGGAUGAUGGAAGCGAAACCAGUAGCUCGUCAUCCAGCGGAAGUUCGGUGGGAACCGUAUUUUGCACUUUGGAACAAGAUUAUGCCAGGGUGAUGAACGAGAUGAAGAGCAACGAAGCGUUGGCCGCUUACGAACCCGAGUAUACAAGACUUUUCGAAACUUUGUACAAGAUUCAUAGACAAGAGGAAGAUUUAUCUGAAAAAUGUGAGAUUUUAGAGGAUGUCGUAGUUGAGAAUAAUCAGAAGAUCUAUGAGCUGGAAAAGAUCGUGGAAGCGGACGAAGAAAUUAUAAGUAAACUCAAGCAGGAAAUUGUGAACGUUAUGAAAUUGGCUGACGCAGCUCAUGCGCGGGAACAAAAUGCGCAGGAAAUGAUUGAAAAUUUGCGACUAUCAAUAUCAAAAUUGAAUCACGAGAUCGACGAGAAAAACAGACAGCUGGGAAUGGACGAGGAUAACGCCGUUAACAAGCAGAAAGAAGGUUUGCUCAGAGAGAGGGAACGUCUUAUGGGGGAAAUGGAAACUUUGAGACAACGUAUGAACAACAUUGCCGUAUAUACGGAAGAAUUGGAGAGAAAGAAUAGCGCUACCGAUCAACGAAUGGCUGAUAUACAAGAGUCAAUGAAUACGCAAUUGAAUGAACUUUCAAAAGAGCACAGAGCCCGCGAAAGGGCUGAAAAUGAAGUUCAGCAGCUUCAGGAAGAAUUGAAGAUAAAGACUACCGACCUGCAGACUGUAACUGGCGCCCAGAAGAUGGCGAAUAAUCAAAUUCAAAAGUUAGAAAAUCAAUUGAAAGAUCAAAAGAGUACGAACGAGAAGAUGCAGAAUGAAAUCGAUGAUCUGAAGUUACGACGAAUGACUUUACAAAACGAGAUUAAUAAUAUGAACGUGCAAAUGGAAUCGAUAUCCAAAGCAUUGGAAGAAAAGAAUAAAGAAUUGAGAAUGUUGACUCAACUGAACAACAGAUUGAAGUCCGAGAUGGGGAAAUAUAAAAAUGAAAAGGAUUGGCUAACGAAAAAAUUGGUCAAGCAAGAAUCGAUGCAGUUUAAGAUCGAGCAAGAGCUUAGCAAAUCGGUUGCCAGUUUGAAGCAUGCUGAAAGCGAGAUAACGAUGUUAAACAAACAAACGGAGACUGAUAAGAAAACCAUAGAAUCCUUGAUGCGCGAAAAGGACAUAAUAACUAAGAACAUGGCAAAUCUGAAGGAGACAGUCAAAAAAUUCCAGAUAGAAUUGGCGGUAUACGAACAGAAUAAACGGAAGCUGGAAUCGGAGACGGAUGAACUUACGCAAGCGUCUAAUGUCGUCAAGAGAAACAUGGAAGCAGUUGAAAAGGAACGAGACAAAUUUAGUUUAGAAGCUCAGGAAUUGGCACAGCAGGUAGAGGACGGUAUGGAUGAACUGAGACUGAAGCAGGUUGAAAUAUUCGAUUUGAAGAAACGUUUGGUUGAAGCGGAAACAAAGUACAGGCAACAACAAAAUCUAUUUGAAGCUGUCCGUGCUGAUAGAAAUUCAUGUAGCAAGAGCCUGAUAGAAGCACAGGAUGAAAUUCAGGAGCUAAAGAGCAAUUUCAAAAUCACUAAUCAUCAGAUAGAACAGUUGAAAGAGGACGUGGCUACUAAGGAAGCUAGUUUGAUUAAAGAAGAAUUUCUUCUGGGAAAGGCUGAAAAAGAGAAGGAAUCGUUAAAGGUCGAUUUGGAACAUUCGCAUAAGGAGAGCAGUGAUCUACGUCAUGCGAUUGAAGAGCUCAAAAAGGAAGAGAAAACUUUCAGACACACUAUACAUUUGGCUGAGAUGGAUAUCAGUAGAUUGAAAAAGGAUGUGGAUACAAUAAUGAACGAACGCGAUAUUCUUGGUACCCAAUUAGUGAGAAGGAACGACGAAUUGAGUCUUCAGUACAGUAGAAUCAAAAUUUUGGAUGGGACCGUUCAAAGGGGCGAGGCUCAAUAUGCUCAAAGAUUGGAUGACAUAAGAUUACUCAAAUUGGAAGUCAAGAAGUUGCGCACCGAGAAGACUCUGUUGUCAAAAAGUAUCAGCAAUAUCAGUGACUUGCGUCAAGAGAUAUUUCAUCUUGAAAGAGAUCUGACCAAAGAGAGGCUGAAGGUAAUGGCGCUUGAGGAGGAAAUGCAGAAUCCAUUGAAUAUUCACAGAUGGCGGAAACUGGAGGGAUCGGACCCUGACACCUACGAGUUGCUUGUCAAGAUCCAAAUUCUGCAGAAGCGAAUUUUGAGAAUGAGCUCCGAAAUGAUUGACAAGGAGAAGAAGAUCAAAGAGAGUGAAAAGCUGUAUAUGAAUUUACGUGAAAUUUUGUCGAAGCUACCUGGACCGGAGGUUUUGUGCAUUUUGGAUAACACGCAGAAGGCGCUCAGAGAGCGAGGAAAAGAGAUGAAGUGUCUUGUAUCCGAGUUGAACAUGUGCGAAACACGUUCGGAAGAGUACAAGUUCAAUUUAGAGAGAAUGAACAAAGAACUCUGUAACAUGAAAGUGAAGUAUUAUAAUUUGAAAAGGAAAGAACAAAAGUCCAAAGAGAUGAAGUUAAAAAAUUCUAACCAGACUGUAUUACCUACUUUAAAUAUGAAUAUCCAAAAAUAUCGUGGGGGUGGUUUCAACAUGAGCGCGCCUACGCCUAGGAACUUUUAUUCCCUAGAUUCAGCAACCAAGUAACGCGGUAAUUUUUCUGGUAAUUGGUAAUUUUUUCUUUCCAUUAUAUUACCCAAAAAAAUUCAUAUC